CGAUGGGAAAUCCACCUGAGGCUGAGCACGCAGCUGCAAUAGGAAGGCUGAGCUGGAAACCAUGUGUUGAUAUGGAAAAAUGAAGGCAGCUGGUGUUGAUCAGGAGGAGGAAGGCUGCUAACUCAGAGCAUGCUGCUCCUCCUUGGGUGCAGGCAGGAGCAGUGUGCUGGAUUGCUGCUCCAGGCAGGGGAUGGCCAGCGUGGAGCGGCUGCUGGUGUGCCAGGGGUGGGUGGGGGGCGGGCAGGAGAACGCCCCCUUGGCAUGCUGUCCGGGGGAGGGAGCAGGGGAAGGGAUGGCUCUGCCUCGCUUGCUCCACUGUAAAUACCUUUGCACGCAUCUCUGGCCACUGCAGUGAGGUCAGAAGGCUUCACCUGCUGCAGUGGAGGGGCCUCCCUGUGUGGGCAUUGCUGCGACAUGGACUCACAGCACUACAAAAUGAACGGUGACGCUUUCCAGGAAUCUAGGUACAUUGAAGACUCCCCCAAUAAAAAUGGUGUGAUUUCUUUGAUUUUCUCUCUGAAAGAAGAAGUUGGGGCGUUGGCUAAAGUCCUGCGCACAUUUGAGGAAAAAGGUAUAAACUUGACCCACAUUGAGUCCCGACCUUCCCGUCUCAACAAAGAUGAGUAUGAAUUCUUCAUUAACUUGGAAGGCAAGAAUGUCCCAGCACUGGACAAGAUCAUCAAGUCCUUGAGAAGUGAUAUUGGAGCAACAGUCCAUGAGCUUUCACGAACAAAGAAGAAGGACACUGUGCCAUGGUUCCCAAGAAGUAUCCAGGAGCUGGACAGAUUUGCCAAUCAGAUCCUAAGCUAUGGAGCAGAAUUGGAUGCUGAUCAUCCUGGGUUCAAAGAUCCCGUGUACCGGGCGCGGAGGAAGGAGUUUGCGGAUAUCGCCUACAACUACAGGCAUGGCCAACCCAUUCCUCGUGUCACCUACACAGAAGAAGAAAAGAAAACUUGGGGCACUGUCUUCAGAGAGCUGAAGAGUCUGUAUCCAACUCAUGCUUGCUAUGAACACAACCACGUGUUCCCACUGCUGGAGAAGUACUGUGGCUACAGGGAGGACAAUAUCCCCCAGCUUGAAGAUGUUUCAAAUUUCUUGCAGAGCUGCACUGGGUUCCGGCUGCGCCCCGUCGCAGGCUUGCUCUCCUCCCGGGAUUUCCUGGCUGGGCUGGCGUUCCGCGUCUUCCACUCCACGCAGUACAUCCGCCACUCCUCCAAGCCCAUGUACACCCCGGAGCCUGAUAUUUGUCAUGAGCUGCUAGGACAUGUCCCUCUUUUUGCUGAUCCCAGUUUUGCUCAGUUUUCCCAGGAAAUUGGACUGGCAUCUCUGGGAGCUCCAGAUGAUUUCAUCGAGAAACUUGCUACGGUUUAUUGGUUUACAGUUGAGUUUGGACUUUGUAAGGAAGGAGAUUCUCUCAAGGCAUAUGGUGCAGGACUGCUGUCUUCAUUUGGGGAGCUGCAGUAUUGUUUAUCAAGUAAGCCUGAGAUUCAGCCUCUUGUCCUGGAGAAGACUUCUGUGCAGAAGUACCCUGUUACUGAGUUCCAGCCUAUCUACUAUGUUGCUGAAAGUUUUAAAGAUGCAAAAGAAAAGCUAAGGAAAUUUGCUCAAACAAUCCCUCGUCCUUUCUCUGUUCGGUAUAAUCCCUACACACAGAGGAUUGAAGUCCUGGACAACACAAAGCAGCUGAAGAACUUAGCUGACACCAUCAACAGUGAGAUUGGGAUCCUUUGCAAUGCCCUCCAGAAGAUCUAAUGAAGAUUUCCUGUAACUUGCUAGUGACUAGGAGCUAUCAUGUGCAAGUGCCAGUUUUGAUCUAGCCUCACUCUAUUACCUUCCAGUGUACUGCAUCAAUACUUAUGUUAUAUAUCUUAAUUAUUAGAGAUUAGCAUAUAAACAGACAUCUAUAGAUGACCCUCAACUCUUCUGGCCUUCAGAAACUAAUCCAUUUUUUCUCACUAAUGUAUAAAAAUUACCUUAUUCCCUGGAAUCUGGAGAAAGUCUGUAUACAUUUUGUGCCAAAGGUUAGCAGAAGGAGAUAUUCACCAUGCAGAGCUACAAUCUGCUGCACCUGUGAGGUUUGGGACCAGGGAUGGGAUGUCAGUGAUGAACAUCUUGCCUUCUCUCACAGCCACUUUCCUCUCAGUGUUUCCCAGUUGUCCAAGGUUCCCAUGGAGUCUGAAACUCUACACCUUGCAGGGUAUACAGGGAGAUUUUUCAGGGUACAAGGGAAGAUUUCUCUUUAGAGGCAUACUCAGCUAUCACAGUAGCUGGCUGAUGUGGGAAGGCUACAGUUUUUUUGUGUGUUCUCUCUGAGAGGUGUCUCUUAACUUUCUGGUCUCACAACCUAGAAGGUGGCUACCAGCACCUUGGAAAUGGAGAGGAAGUGCCUGUUACAAUGCAGCUGAAGACAUCAGAGCCUUCCAACUCCUAACUCACUCUAUCUGUGGCUAGAGUCCCCACCAAAGCCAUGGAAGACCUGUCAGCUGUGUCACAGUCUAACUGCAUUCAAACCCAAGCAUGUUAUCUUUCAAGACAGGUCCUAAGCAACAACACCUUUUUGUAUCUCCACUGCUCAUCUGAGCUUUAAUCUCCCUUUUUUUGGUGAAAGCAGUUUUAUUUUUCCUGGAGUUUAUGUCAACUGAGUCAGCAAAUGGAACCAAAGGUGACUUCAGCUUAACUCAAUGGCUGAGCUUGAGAGAGGAGUUUUGCUGUUCAGGAAGCUGUUUCUGUAUUUAUCCAAUAAAUUUCACUCAAAUCA